GGUGUGUAAACAACAACAACAACAUCAGCAGCAGCAGCAACAGGAGCAGCAGCGAGGAGGAAAAGGCGGCCCGGGGCGUGGAGUGUAAUCCGCAGUGCAAGGGACUCGUGGCGUUACCGAUCGGUACCCCGCAUACAACGUGGCCGACUUCGCAUUCAGAAGAUUGUAGAAGGAGGGGAAGAUGAAGACAUCUUUGAGCAGCCACUCACAAGAGAGCGAAGAGUGGCGAAGCUGAGGCAGCAACUUCACGAGACUCUUGCCGAUCUGGAGAAACUUUGCAAGGAGGCCAAGAGUGAUGAGGUGACCACGACAUUAAGCGACGGCCUCGUGCGGGUGGACGAGAUGGUGAGGGAGCUCUGUGAGCAAGUGGACGACUUCGACCAGGAAUCGCCCGGCGGGGACAUUGAGUUCUUCACCGGCUCGUCAGCGAGGGAGGUCGCCUGGCGGAGCCGAGAGGAUGAGCUGAGGGAGGAGUUGAACAACGAUUUCAAAAAGCAGGCGUCCAGACUGAGCCUACAGCACAAAAUCGAGAUGGGGGCCUUGAUCUGCGGUCACAAGAAGUCCAUUGAGAAGUACUUGGAGCACAAAGUGAAGGCCGAGCAGCACGCAAAGCUCCUGCGAGAAGUCAACAAGGAACUGGGGCUGAAGGCCAAGGGCUUGAAGCGGCGCGCCGAGCUGAUGCAGCAGACAAUGCAGGGUCUGCGCGAGCAGCUGGCGCUGGCGCUCAACGCCAACACGGAGCUCGAGUUCGAAUCGUUGCAGGAGGUGGAGAACUACCGUGUGCGGGUGGACAUGAUGGAGCGCGACGCCAAGGAGAGCGAGCGGCUGCGUUAUAGCGAGGACGAUGUCAAGAGGCUCGUGGAGGACCUGGAGAGAAGCCACAUGCGGGAACUGGAGGAGGUCGUGGAGGAAGAGCGGGGCCGGCGGGCAGAGGAAUUUGUGGCGAUGCAGAGUGACCUUCGCUCCGAGCAUCGGAAGGAAAUGGAACUCGCAGAACUACAGAUGGAUGCACUGAGGCAGGCGUUGGAACAAAGGCACUCGCAACCGCUUCCCGCAUCGGCUGCAGAUGGGGAAGGGGAGAGUGGCGAGGGUUCGAACAAACACGCUGCAAAUGUCGAGGCUCGUGCUGAGCUGGAGGCCGAGAGCGCGAGUCGGGAGCAGCAGCAGCAGGAGGAGAAGCAGGAGGAAAAGCGACGCUGCGAGUACGGUCAGCAGCUGGCUGCCUUACAGGAGGAGCUGGUGCACGUUCUCUCGCUCCUGAACGACGCCGAAGCUGCUGGAGGUGAUGCGGAGGAGGCUCCUCGAGGUGCCGAUGGCAAUUCAAUCGCCGACGCCAAGAGCGCCGGCGUGAAAACGGCCACGUUGAGUCCAGAGCUGCAGCAACUGCUUGCGGUAAGGGGGCUAUGCCGAGCACUACGGCAGCGUCUCGGCGCUCCCCCGCAGCAGUGCAGAGACAUUGUGCCCCUGUCAGCACUCACGACGUCGCAAGAGGAGCUCUCCGUGUUCGAGCAGGAGAGGGCGUCCCUGAAGGAGCAGCUACCGACUCGCCAAGAGAAGGGAAGAGGAGAGCUAACUGGGGAGGCGGCUGUGAAAGGCGGCACGGCGGACGUUCAUGACGGAGCGGCAGAGUCGUUGGAGGAGCUGGGGAGGUCUUCCCUCAAGCUUGAGCAGCCUCCCAGCAGCCUGCAAGCCCAGAGGGCAGCUCUGCAGAAGGAGCGGGAGGAGGUGUUCCGAGCCGGCUGGCGCCUGCGGGAGCUACUGCUCGAGUGCGGCCACCUGGUCCGGGGCGCGCCCAGCCCCGGGCCCUCCCCGAGCCGUGGGCGUGCCGAAGGGGCGGCUCCUGUUGCUGACGAGCCUCUGAGUCUGUGGGCCCUGCUGGAGGAGCUGGAGACUCGGCUGAGGACCCAAGUCUCUGCAGACGCCACGUCGCUACAGGGAGCCACAGUCCAACUCUUCACCAUCUCGGAGGAGCCCGAGGAAGCCACCCCUGACGUGGCGAACCCAGAGAAGCCGAGGAAGAAAGAGAAACUCAAGAAGGCGCUCCGGGACAAGAAGGCGCGGGCCGCUCGCAUUGCGUCCGACGUGCCACCGCCACCACGGCCCCUUCCGCUGGGCCCCAAUGGGGCUUCGCCGACCUCCAUGGAGCCGGCCCCCGAGGGUUCGGUGUGGGCGGCAGGCGCCGAGCUGGGCAUGUGCGAGGUGCUCACCACCGUGCCGCUGCCGCCUGGUGUGGUCGCACCGCCUGGCGCCGAGGGCCACAUCAGCGUGCGCACGCGGAUCUUCCGCUACCACGAUGAGGCGGACGAUGCGAGCGGGGCACGCAUCGCCACCGAGAUCGCGCUGCCUACACCACCAUACCGGAGUGAACAGGCAUACGAGGUGGAGACCAGGCUCAUACAGGACACCACGAGGACGGGUGCCAGGGUGGCUCGCGAGAUCACGAGCCGAGUGGAGAGCGAUGCACGGAGCGGCAAAAUCCCGAAGCAAACACGAGGCUCACUGGGCAACUCGACGGAAGGUCUGCCAGGCUGGCCGGGUGGCCCUCGGCUAGGAACAGCGACGGACACAGUCCACCCACAGCCGGAAGGUGGCUUGACGGAGCCGGUGGGGAGCAGCCUCUCGGCAGGGAAGCGUCAAACCGAACAAGAUAACGAAGGAGAUAACAAUGAAGGAGAUGCCGUGGAACCAAAAUCUACGGCGGACGGGCGGCUCGGAGGGCUGCAGGCAGACACAAGGGAGCUUGGCUCCCUCAUGGCUCAGAAGGAUUCGGAAAUCGAGUCUCUGCUGGUGCAGCUGAAGAGCCGCGAGGAGGAGGCCCAUAGCCUGCACGGCCAGGUCUCCGACAUGGCCUCCGAGCUGCACACGCUGCACGGGCAGAUCCAGGAAAUGGCGCGGCAGAGGAGUCCGCUGGAGGCCACGGAAAGUGACAACAGGGCUCUGAGAAAUAACCUGACACAAGGGGACUUGAAUGGUCCGCCAGAGCAUUCUGCUAAUGAGGCUGGGAAUGGGAUGCUCAGCAGCCAGCUCUCUGAUAAAGAUGCACCAAAGGGAUCGGUGAACUCCCCCGGGAAGGAGUUUGGGAAUGACGAGGGAUGUGAUGGUGACAAUGAUAAUAAUAGUAGUAACGUGGAUGAUGACGCCAACCUCAGGGCUCUGUCAAAAAGCAACGAGCGCAUAGAAGAGCUUGAAGAAACAAUCCGAGAGAAAGACAGUGAGAUCGGUACAAUGGGUCAUCAGGUGCAGGAGCUGAGGUUCCAGCUGCAGGAGCGUUCCGCAUUGGGGGAGGCGGCCGCCACCGCCUCCUCCUCCACUCAGACCGACGGUCACACCGACUCCGAAGCUCCGGUGGGCAGUGAUGGACCUCAGCAGUCUCAUGCACGGCCGGUACAGGCUGAAGGCGACGACCUGAAUGCGGUGGCGACACGUCUGACGAGAGAAGAUGGCGGCAUUGGGCAGAGAGGUCCCCCCGAGGGCCGCCCCAUCGUGGGUGACGUGGCCGACGGGCUUCAGCUCUCAGUGAAGCAGCUGGGUCCCGGCAGAGAGAGCGACGGACUCGGCUCCGAAGAAAACGCGCGGCAGCAAGACCCACGGCCACCGGAGGGCGAGGGCACAACCCACGGCGAUGGCAGUGCAGAUUGCCAUGGAGACGUGGAGCAGCGGCCGGGUCGUGGCAUGGAGGAGGAGGAAAACGAGGAGAGGUUCCAUCAGCGCCUCCUGGAGGAUGAGGAUGUUAAGAUGCUGCUUACGCGCAUCAGGCAGACUGACCAGGAGUUGGUUCACGUCAACCUGCAGCUCGCCCAGCAGGGUGCUCCUCUAGGGGACAGUAGCCUGCUGAGCCAGCUGCUGCGCCAGUUGGCGGGGCUCACGGAGCAUGUGUGCUCGCUCACCGCCGAGAAGGCGGCCCUGCGCCGGACCGUGCUCGCCAUGGAAAGGGAGAAUGGGCACGCUGGGAACGCCCACCCGGCACGACGGGCCACCUCGGAGCCUGGUGGCCACGCCAGCGGUCAGCCGGGCGUGGGAGAGGCUCACGAUGGGAGCCACGUGCAGGAGGAAGAGGAGCGGGAGGAUUGUGAGCAAGACCCUUUUGAGUCUGGACGCAUCCCUACGCCGUACGUGCCAGCUGGCAAGUUCGCCGAGGUGUACGAGCAGUUCCUGCAAAGCGAGCGACACCGGCGAUCACUCGUCUUCCAGAAGCAGUACCUGCUGCUCGCGCUCAGCUGGGAGUUGGGGCGGAGAGACAGUGUGGGGGGGAUGACGGCGAUGACGACAGCGACGGCGGAGAGUGGCACGGCCCUCAAGAGGCUGCGCAUCGCCGUCAGGGCCGUCAUGGCCGCACGCAGGUUUCAGCUGCAAGGCCAUGACAGGCAGCUCUACUACCAGCUCCCAGGGGCCCAGCAGGAGCACCAAGCCUUGAUCCCCUCUCCAUACAUGGACUGUGAUGGCUGCUGUCUGCAUGGGAGUGCUCGCCACUUAUCCAGGGUGUCAUCAUGUGUGUCUUUAGACGGCGAUGGACGCCGCCAAGGCCGGCGGCGUGGGCACGGGCAUGCCUGCACAUGCGCUCUGUGCGCUGGCGACCAUGGCGACCCCGACAAGGCCCUGCUGGACUACAUCAGCAAGCUGGAUGACAUCCAGUUGAGGCUGGGCCAGCACUACGCAGAGCCGCUGCUGGUGCAAUACAGGAGCAAGCGGAUUUAGCCUGGCCUAUGGACAACCCAGCACCAGCAAGGGAACUCCCUCCCAGCGACGUGCCCGGCAGACCCACCUCCGGUUGACGAUGCGGUGAUGCCCUCCGUUGGCAACUCGACGCAAUCACCAGCAGUGUGAGGAAAGUGUGAAUUUGUUGUUAUAUGAUAACUGGCGGUCUUGGAACUGUGAUCAGAAUGAUUACCGGUUCCAAAAGUCAGGAGGCGGAAAUCGUUUCCAGUAGAGCGUUAGUGAUGAAUGAAUGGACCAAUUCUCCUGCCUGAAUGUACAGCCAUCUGGAACGAUCUUCUUUCCGAUAUUAGGAUGCCACUGGACCUAUGCACUUUUAAAUCUAGAUUGAAAAUGAAUUUCUUUAGAACUGCUUUUAGUGUUUAGUUUGUUGUCCUUCCCCCACACCUCCGCUUGGCACAGUUGCAAAAGAAGUUCAACCUACAUAGGAACUGCAUGGCACUUGCCACUCUUGGUCUGCUAUCUAUGGGAUCCUUUUUGUUAGGAUGAAGAUGAUUAAACAAAUAAAAGGCUUUACCCUUUCCAGCAAGAAUACAGGAGGUGUUAAGAUGUCCAAACACCAAAUAGACACCUAUGAUCACAAGGCAUCAAGUCUGCAUUAGCCACACAUUUUUUCAUCAUCUUGAUACCGGCACAAAGGUUUCCCAUAGAUAUAACUGCUCCACCCGAAUGGUUAAUGCUUUGAUAUUUGCAGUCUUUUCCCACAUCUCCAAUUCGCUUGGUUUGCUAUGUAUGCUGCGAAAGAAGUUCUACAUAUACAUAUGUUUUUGAGCUGUUGGCCUUUUGGCAUUGUCCUCUGGUGUAACACCAAUGAGACAAGGCUAUAAAGGAAGCUGUCACUGGUGUAAGCCAAUCCGUUUCAAGGACAAUGCAUGCAUGAUCAUCAAAAUAUGUUUGUUUGCAUGUUUUACCACAAGAAUGUGUAGUUAAUUUCGACUUGAUGCAUUGCAAUAGGUGUCUGUGGUGUUUGGUCAUCUUAAAACCUCCUGUAUUAUUGCCACAAAGGGUAAAGCUAAUUCUUUUUUCAUGAUCUCGAUCUCUUCUUCCACUAUCCUCGAAGAGGUAGGCAUACCCAUACUUUACCCCACUACACUCAACCUGCCAAUCGACUGUUUGUGUUUAACUUACUUGUAACUGCCAUGUCGGGAGGUAGAAGUAUAACCGGUGACCUCUGCAAUGCAAGUCCAGGGUGUGAACCGUUAUGCCACCACUGUUUUUCAGUAAAAAUUGUAAAAAAAAAGUUGUGUUUAUUGCUAACGAUUUUGCCAUGCGAUAUUCAAUGCCGUUUUGUCAAAAAAGUUGUAACUGUUAAAUAUCCCGUGGAGUCAUCCAAAGAAAAGAGGUAAUUGCCAACCACGAUUACAGUUUAGAGUUUGGUUUAUGCCACAUUCCCUGCUCAGUGGAGCAAAACUAUCUGGGAAUAACACCGCCCCAGUCAUCAGAUCCUGUUCUUAUCUGUCACGAGAUCUUGCCAGCACACUUAAAAUAGUCAACAAGUCGAAGCGAGUUUCUACUCAAAUUAGCAUUUGAUGUACUAGUACUCAUUUUUAUUUGGAUCUUUCGUGACUGCAGGAAUCCAUAUUCUUUGGUUCUUUCGGUAAAGUCACGUAGGUAGAAAAUUAAUAGAUCACGAUGUUUCGAUCGCAACACAAGCAAUCGUCAUCAGGUGGGACAACAGCAGUUUUUUCUUGCUGUGGUUGUCCCACCUGAUGAUGAUUGCUUGUGUUGCGAUCGAAACGUCGUGAUCUAUUAUUUUUCUACCUACGUGACUUUACCGAAAGAACCAAACAAUAUGAUACUCAUCUGUUUACAGCACUGAGCCAGUGGUGGAAAGUCGUUGUUUGUAUAGUAGUCAAGGACGACAAAGUACAAAUAAUUUAAUCCACUCCGCAGGGAUGGAUGAUGGGCUGAGUCAGCCGGCAACCAGGAUUUGAACUCACAACCUUCCUUCCGAUUGCGAGCCUCACUCAACGGUGAACUGAAUUGAUACAACAUCAACAUGUGGGAUAACUGAAACUGGAUGGAUUGAUGGGUGCAGAGAUAUGGCCCAGCCGUAACAGAUUCACCACUUGUUGCAGAGGUUCGUGGUUCGAAUACAGCAGCCACCCUGGUUUAUCACUGCGCUGUAAUAACCAUAAUAAUACCACGUGCCAUCUGCUUGAGAGUGAAUGUUCAAGAUUUCGUGACGUCAUUCGCAAGAGCAAGCCAUUUUGUGGCGACAUCACGGUCAAAAUUUGCACAUCUUAAAAAUAACCUGAAAUUUACUCAAUUGGAAUUAUACAUGACAAUUAUCGCCACCUGCUGCGCAAACUUGAGUCACGAGACUUGGUGAUGCUUUUCUUGGUAAACCAAGUGAAAACAAAUACAUAAAUAAAUAUGCUGUAAAGUUACUGAAGCUGAACUAUUUUUUCCCCUCAAUUAUGGGAGGAAACCACUUCACAUUUCUUUUUACAAACCAUUUUUAUUAUAGUUUUAUUGCUGGAUGGUGAACAUCCGGGAUUUAUUCAACAUAAUGAGACCCAUUCGUCAUGCUUGCUGUUGACAUGAGCUUAGGUAACCUUAUGCAUUGUAACGUGUAUUUGGUGGCCCGUGUAAUCUCAUGCAGCUCUCCAUCUUCAUGCCACACACAGCUUCUCAGCCAUUCUAACGCUACAUUCGUGACUAGCAUCACUGGUCACAUUGGUAUGCUGAUGAUCCAUAACACAAGUGAAAUCGGUGCCGCUGAUAGAUCGUUUAAUUUGUACUUAUUACUAUUGACGGUUGGAUCUAAUUUACAAGUGAUCUGUUGAAACCUGUGCACUUACUCACUUCUCACACAAAAGACCAGAUGCUGUGUGAUGCCGUGUGUCUGUGUGCGCAAUGGAAUUCAUACUACUGUUGUCUUUAGGAGUCCCGCAUCUCUGCCUGUGAGUUUGGAGGACUGCAUUUGCAAUAUAGUGAGCAGCAGCAUGCAUGUAGCUGGCAUGCACGGGUCUGUGAUGAUUGGGUAGGGCACGGCACAUGGUACAUCACAAUAAAAAUAAAACACGUAGUGCCUUAGUAUGCGAUUGCACUACAAUUAACACUGAAUAUAAUUCCAAAGCAUGGAGGAGUUUAGCCGUCUCAAGACACCGAUCCUGAAACCCAGUCUUAAUACACAGAUCCUGAAACCCGGUCUUCAUACACUGAACUUGAGACCUGGUCUCAAGACAAUGAAUCUGAUACUAAUAAUGUUUGUACAAAGCUAAAGAAUAAUACAUUAACAAGGCUGUGUAUUUCUGAUGUGUAUAACAAGUCGCUAAAACUGCUAUUAUGAUUGUAAACUACCAAGAGCCUGAAAGUAUAGCCUGAUUUAAAUUAAAUUUGGGAGUAUUUGAAUGCUUUGAAGUUUACAUUUUGUCCAUGGCAUAAAUGCUGAUAUGCUUUCAGGGAAUAUGGAAACGCGUAUUGUUUUAUCAGUGCUUUAAGCUGCCUCCUAACCGGGUUUUUCUGUACUUUUUCCCCUGUGUGUUUUCCAAACGGGGCGUGCAACUUUGCUGUACUCUUCAUGAUGUUGGCUAUUUGGUUUCAAAUUAAUAAAGCUCUGCAACUGU